AUGCCCCGGAUACCCCGCGACGUCCGGCGGCGCGGCGCGUCUCUGCACGAGGCGCUGCGGCCCAUGCUGGUGGCUGCGCAGGUGUUCGCCCUGAUGCCUGUGGAGGGACUGCGGCACGCGUCGCCGGCCUCUCUCAGAUACCGAUGGCUGAGCUUUCGGACAGCGUAUUCGCUGGUGAUGGCGUUAGGUUCUGCGCUCAUGGUGGUUACUCAUGUCAUGUGGCUCACAGAGACAAGCUUUGCUUUCUCAAAUACCUCACCAGGUGUGUUCUUCAUGUGCCACGUCCUUACCUCGCUACUGUUUAUACAACUUGCACGAGGAUGGCCGGAUCUCAUGGCCCAGUGGUGGGCGAUGGAUGCAACAGUCCCAAGUUUCAGUCCACGUCUGCCAAAGCUCUUUUAUAUCAUCACGUGUGUUCUGAUGCUCACAGCUUUGGCGGAGCACAUCCUGGCCAGGCUGUUCAACGUCGUCCACGCCUACGAGUGUUCCCCAGGCGGGCUGUCGUGGCUGCAGCUGUACCUGGCCAACGAGUUCCCGUCGGCCUACCACUACAUCGGCUUCAGCUACUGGACCUCCGCCUGGCUCGCUACCAUAAACACCGCGGCCACUUUCAGUUGGAACUACAUGGACCUCUUCCUCAUACUGAUUAGCCUUGCACUUGCCGAUCGCUUUGAACAUUUCAAUCAAGAUAUUGCUCGUGUAUUUGACAGGGCUGUGCCACAGAAAAUUUGGCAGCGCAUCCGUGAGAAUUACUGCAGCCUGGCACACCUCGCCCACGCCACGAAUGCGCGUAUCAACAAAAUUGUUCUGCUGUCAUUCACAACUAAUCUCUACUUCAUUUGCUAUCAGCUCCUCAACAGUCUCUCGUAA